GUAGCAGCAGUAAUAGCAGCAGUAGUAGCAUCAGUAGUAGCAGCAGUAGUAGCAGCAGUAGUAGCAUCAGAAGUAGUAGCAGUAGCAGCAGCAGUAGCAGCAGCAGCAGUUGUUGUUGUUGUUGUAGCAGCAGUAGUAGUUGUUGUAACUUGCAAAGCAAUUUCUACAAAUUAAAAUUUCUUAACCCUGUUCAAGUUACAUACACUCUCUCUGAAUAUCAAACUACAGCCACUACAGCUGAGGUUUACAAACUAUCUGAUAACCACUGUGUGUUGUUGGCUUAACAGCCUUUUCUGAUUGGCUGAAUUCAAACACAGAUGGUUUUCCUCUUGGUUUGAAAUACUGGCCGGUACACAUGUUGGAAAAUAUACAGGUUAAACUUGUUGUUAAAAUGAAAUUAAAUUAAUUUCACAAACAGUAGAGAUGAGUUAUUCCAUUACCAACAAUUUCUUAAAAUAAUAAUGUAUAAUUGAUAUCAUUUGGAUAGUGACAUGAAGUGUUGUUAAAGAGUGAUGAAUACAGUGUUUCAGCAGUCUGUCUAGGAAUAGAACAACAACUGAAGCUUGAUGGCCGACUUACAGAGCAUUAGCAACAGUUUCAGCAGCAACUUCUCCAACAGCAGCAACUUCUCCAACAGCAUCAACCACUGCAGCAGCGAAAACAACAACUCCAGCAGCAAUCAACCCAGCAGCAGCAACAACCACCCCAGCAACAACAACCGCAGCAAAAACAAAUCCAGCAACAACAACCAGAUCCUCAACCAGAUUGUCAAGACCUGCCUGUCAACAGGACAUAAUUAUGGCCCAGCUGCUAUUAGACAUCACUGGCAUAACAGAUGCCAGUAAGGCUGCAAAGAAGUUGUUUCGCCACCUGUAAAGGGAGGAGUGAAAUAAAACGAAGGACUGUGAAACACUAGAGUACUUGAAAUAUUCUGUUUUGUUAAGAGUGUAUAUAUCCAUUGUCUUCUUCAAAUAAUAAAUUGUUAUACAUUA